AUGGCAUCCACUCCAUCUCAGGAGGAGGUGGAUCUGUCUGAUGAUCAGAUUCAACAGCUUCUCCUCGAGGCUGAGAGCCGCCUGCGUGGCACAACCACACAGAUCACUCCGGUCGAUAUCUCGUCCAUCAAAAUUCCAAAGCUGGCUGUCAGCUCUGAAUUGAAGCCUUACGUGCGCCCUGACGCGGAGAAGAUUGCUACCGUUAAUUCGGCCCAGCUUAUCGAUUCAAAGCAAAAGGAGUUGUCCAACAUCCUCCGACCAGCUACUACCAAGCCCACCACCAAGAAGGACAAGGCCACUGCCGGACCCGAUUGGUUCAACUUGCCUAAGACCGAAUUGACUCCAGAGCUCAAGAGAGAUCUUCAGCUCAUUCGGAUGCGUUCAGUCUUGGACCCUAAGCGACAUUACAAAAAGGAAAACGGCAAGGCCAAGAUCCCCGAGUUCUCUCAAGUCGGCACUAUCGUGGAAGGUCCGACAGAAUUCUUCAGCGGUCGUAUCACCAAAAAAGAUCGCAAGAAGAACUUUGUCGAGGAAGUCCUGGCUGUGGAGCGCCAGAAUCGGCGCUUCGAGUCCAAGUACCGCGACAUCCAAGCCCACAAGACCAGUGGCAAGAAGGCCUUUUACAAAGACUUGCAAGCGAAAAGAAACCGCAAGCUCAAAUGA